CCGACUCUGAGCCUAUUAAUGUGCGCUACGCCACUGUGAUUAUUGUGUGAGCUUUGCAAAAAGACUCAAAGAAAGCCACGUUGUAUUUUCACUCUGCGUCCUGUUUUUAAACCAAGUCCGAGAUACUCGUCCAGAUAUGACGGAUAUCUUGUGGACUACGCUGUUAUUUACGUCAGUAACAUUAAUCGUGUCACAAGGUUCAAAUAAAUGUGGACAGCCAAGGAUCUAUGAAAAUAGGCGGUUGGAUGAGAAGUAUCUUCUCAUAUCCGAAUUCAAGGACGGAGAUAAAGUAACGUACAAAUGUGACAAAGGCUAUACUCAGUGGCAAGGCAGACGCGACUCUACUUGUUUCAACGGACAUUGGUCAUCUCUGAACAUGCAAUGUAAAAAAAAAAAGUGCGGCUCUGCUGGAGAUAUUGUGAACGGGAAAUUCCACCAGGAUGGGAACCUGUUCGGUGACAAAGCCUAUGCAGAGUGCAACACAGGUUAUGUCCUACAAGGAAUGCCUUUCAGGGAGUGUCUUGAUAAUGGGUGGAGUGGUACAAUUCCUAAUUGCAUAGCGUCUCACUCUUUCUCUAAGCCCUUUCACACCCCUGCUCGGGCCUCUGACAGGAUCAGAGAAGCAGCAGCUGCCAGGGUGGUGACAUGUCGCAGGCCCACGGCACAGCACGUCAUGCUGAAUGGGACGAAGCAUGCGUAUAGGCCAGGCGAGCGCUUGCUCUUCUCCUGUCACGAGGGCUUCCACAUGCAGGGUAACAGCAAAAUUAUUCAGUGUGGCCAGGACGGCAAAUGGAGCCCACGCCCCAUGAAAUGUGCGAAGAUUAAAUGUCCAUCCCUGAAUGUACUGAACAGCGUGAUCAACAUUGUUCGUCGUGUGGUUAACACGACUGUCACAGUCAGCUGUAAGGAGGAUUUCCAUCUCAGUGGAGCAAAGCACAUAACCUGUGAAGCUAAUGGUUCCUGGACACCCGCUGUCCCCACCUGUGAACCAAACUCAGUUCCAGGCCAGUGUGGACAGCUCCCAUUCCACCCGAACGCCUUCCCCAGAGACGGGCAGUUGGACCAGUAUAAGGACAGAUCCCAGGUUCGGUUCAGGUGUAUUCAUGGAUAUAUCUGGGCUGGAGGGAAUGAAACCAUUUACUGUGAUAACGGCCACUGGACAUCAUUACAGUUGAUAUGUAGGAAGAAAAAAUGUGGGUCUGCUGGAGAGUUGGAAAAUGGGCAUUUUGAUUACACGGGAGUGUCAUUUGGGGAUACUGCAACUGCAAAGUGCAAUGAAGGGUACCAAUUGGUUGGAGAGGCUAUGAGACACUGCAGGGCUGAAGGCUGGGAUGGCAGAAAACCUGUGUGUGAGGUUGUCAAGUGCUCCAACCCCCCAGAGGUGCCAGGGGCAGAAAUGUAUGGCCCUACAGAUGAUGAACCCAUAAGAUUUGGUGACCUUGUGUCCUACAGGUGUCUCACUGGGACACUGGUUGGUUCUCAAGAAAUAUUCUGCACUGAGAAGGGGACUUGGAGUGCUUCAGCUCCUCAGUGCAGAGGUGUUGUCUGCCCCUUCCCACACAUGAAGUUUGGUUCAAGAUCUUCUUGGUUUCAGCAAAGCUACCAGACUGGCAACUCAGUUGAGUUCACCUGCAAUCCUGGCUGGAGACUUGUGGGUGCCAGAACUGUCACCUGUGGGACAGAUGGGAAGUGGAAACCAGCACUCCCUAAAUGCAUCAGGGUGUAAACCUUUUCAUUGGGUCUUUCAUUUCAUCAUGGCAGUACUUUUACAUUUCAGUCACUGGUCACUUGCACUUUUACAUUCAUUUUUGAUUUUCAAUUUUUUAAUCUUACUUUCUGAACAAAGCCAAAGUAAUUGUGAGCUGAAGGAGGAGAUUUAUAUUUUGGUACAAAAGAUGAUUUCAACAUGCAGUAGUUUAGAGUUAUAGUGUUAGUUGAUUAGAGACUGUGUCAGUGACAUUUUAAAUGUUUUAAAGAAAAAUAUGGUUUUGUACACCAACACUGAUGUUUUGAAGAGACAUUGUCUUUCUGUUAGACCAAAAUUAUAUUUAUAUAACCAUUUAUUCAUUUAUCUUAAUGUGUGCAUUAGUAUAAGUACAAAAAAGUGGUUGAGAAAAUGUCAAAUCAUCUACACUGUAAAGAAUUUUAAUGUAAAUUAACAGUAAAAUACUGGCAGCAGAAAUACCAGCAUUUUACUGUUUAUUUUACAGUGCAUCUACGGUUCAACUUAUUUUAACAGUAUAUUAAUGUAUAUUGCAUUACAGUAUGACAGUAGAAUUUUAUAAUAUAUGCCAGUAAGUUACGGUUGACAAAUACUAUUUUUGCAUUUAAUUCUUAUAAAUACCUACAAUUUAAAUAAGUAGAAUUUCAGAAGGAUUCUUUUGCAAUAUUAGAGGCAGUAGGUACAGUAACUGAUGCUGUAGUUGUAGCCUACAGUCCCCUAGUAACCAAUAAAAUGAAAAGAAUGUAAAAAUAUAGCACUCAAAUAGUAGUAUGGCUGAAUGAAUGUGUGUUAGUAAAUUAUUACAAAUAUACUCAACAGAGGUUGGUAUACAAGUAGAUUAUCAUUGGCAGCAGUAAAAAAAUAUUUCAACUACUACUUCGACUACUUUACACACUUCAACUACAAGUAUUGCAUUUUCUUUUAAGCACCCUCAGUUACUUGAAUGAAAUCUUUAAAUACUACUAUCAAGGUGGUUGUGUUUUGCUAAGUGGUUAUAGUAUUCUUGGAUGUUGCUUUCACAAGCACACCAAUAUAAAGUUUAAAGCAAAAAGUUUUUAAUGCAGUGUUUUACUGGAGUUGAAGCAAACACAUAAUAAAACAUCAUCAUUACAAGACA